AUGGCACCAACAAAAACUACCACAAAAACUACCACAAAAAUAUCCCCUAUCCUCAGUCUCCCUCUAGAUACCCGCAACGACGAGACCCUUGUCCGCUUUAACCAGCUUCUGUAUCUGCCCGAGACCGGCAUCUGGGCUCCGGGAAAGAAGAGCACUCCUGUUCUCGACUUGACAGCACGAUUCGACCGUACCAAAACGAACUGGUUCACAGACGAUUAUGUCGGUUUCAACGAAGAAAUUAUGAAACUGGCCAAAAAGGCUGCGGCUAAUGCGUCAAACGAAGCGUCGUCGUCAUCCUCCUCGCCCAACCCGUCGCUGAUUUUCAACCUAUCACGAGCACACUGGUACAACGACUCGAAACUGAUUGCGACGAAGCCCGGCCAUGUUGAUGGAGACACAAAUAAUGAAGUUGACGGGCCGCUGGACGACGCGGAUGGGACAUACCAUAGAUCCUCUGUAUUAGCGGAAUACUCGUCACCCUUGCUAGCAUACGGGGCAACUGAUAUUUCCUUUCCUGCCGACUCUCUACACUCGUCACACGCGAUCAAGGUUCGUCCUCUCAAUGCAACUCGGCGCAGUCAGAGCUUCGUGCAGGAUUCUGUCACCUAUGCUUGGGAUGUUAACAAAAUUCUUUUCCCUGGCGGCGGCGGAGUGCUCAGUCUAUACAAGGGAGUUGGUUCCGUGAAAAAGAUCGAAAUUGGACGAUAUCAGAGUGACAACGGGAAAUUUACCCCUGGCGGCGUGCUUGUUAUUGAUGCGGAGGAGGUGGAUGUGCUGGUUGCGGUGUUGACAUUGCUGGCCGUGUUAGCUCAGAGAGAUAGUUUCUGUUUCCCCACAGGGACACAUGUUGCUUGA